AUGUUGAAUCAUUUAGUCAGCUAUGCUGCGAUAUGUUCUAUUUUAUGGAUUGGUUCUAUGCAUGCUCAAUAUGCUUGCGAUAUUGUAAAAUUUAAAUAUGGUAGUGUUUGUCGAUGCACAGAAGAUUAUUGUGACACUAUAGCUCCAUUGGGGACUAUACCGACUUCACAAGCAGCAUUAUACGAAAGUACCUCGGAACUUGCAGGAACUCAUCGAUUAACAAGAUUAACUAAUUUAGAAUUUCAAUCACAAAUGAAUCCGAACAUAAGCAGCCUCUUAAGAAUAAACUAUACAGCGAAAUAUCAAACUAUUCUCGGUUUCGGUGGUGCAUUUACUGAUGCAUCUGGCAUAGUCGCUCGUCAAAUUUCUGAUAAGUUGCAAAGCAAAUUAUUGUCGCAGUAUUUCGGUGAGGGAGGUAUAUCCUAUAAUAUUGGACGUAUUCCAAUGGUUGGUUGCGAUUUUAGUACAUAUUCGUACACGUAUGAUGCAGUUCCGAAUGAUUUUGAAUUAAAUGAUUUCUCAAUUUCUAUGGAUUUACCAAUUAAGAUUCCGUUUAUUAAAUCUGCUAUUGCCAUGAGUAGAGGCGUCAGCCAUACGGCUGAGCCGCCGCAGCAGCCGAUUUUUCAAUAA